AUGAGUUACAGCACUUGCGAAAAAGUCUCGCUAGAAUGCCCCGUCGAGGCAACCACCUACGGCUACUACCCCAACCUCGGCGGCAACAUUUUUUUUGCGAUCUUCUACGGCAUCCUGGGCGUCUUCCAGCUGGGAUUCGGCAUCUACUUCCGCUCCUGGACGCUGACGAUCGCAAUGGUCAUCGGCGCCUUCAUGGAGCUGGCCGGGUAUAUCGGGCGCAUACAAAUGCAUUACAAUCCGUGGAACGAGAACGCGUUCAAGCUACAGAUCGUCUGCCUCGUGCUGGCGCCCACCUUCGUCGCCGCGGGCAUCUACCUCACCCUCAAGCACAUCGUCCUCUCGCUGGGGCCGCAGUACUCGCGCCUCAAACCGCGCCUCUUCACCUGGAUUUUCAUUAGCUGUGACGUCGGGUCCCUCGUCCUCCAAGCGGCCGGAGGUGGUGUCGCCGCCGCCGCCGGCAAGACGGACCAGACCCUCCUGCAAGUUGGAGACGACAUCAUCAUCGCCGGUAUCGCAUUUCAGGUGGCGACCAUGUCGGUAUGCGGGCUGAUCGCGCUGGAGUUUUUCAUUCGGGUCGUCCGGCACGGGCCCGGUUUGGGCGGUGAUCUUAACGUGGAUGGGGUGAAGCAUAUUCGACUGGUUAUCUAUGCGGAGAUCUUCGCGUAUUUCACCGUGUUGAUUCGGUGUAUCUAUCGUAUCCCCGAGAUGGCCGGUGGAUGGGGGAACCCCCUGAUGCAGAAGGAAGACGAGUUCUUGGUGUUGGAUGGGAUGAUGAUCGCGCUGGGAGUGGGCGCCCUUACCGUCGUGUAUCCUGCGUUUUUCCUUCCGUCUAUGCGGAAGGGACGGCAGACGGAGAAGGCAUAG